GUGUAAGUCCAUUUCUAGAAACAUGUGUGUAAUGUUUUGAAUAUUUUGUUGUUUAAAUUUCUAAUAGUGAUAUUAAUUUAUUAUUCAAUCAAAAUGGCUUUUGGUCAACGUAAACUAUCGAGAAACGAUGCUAAAGGUAUGAGAAAAGGAAAAGGUAAAAAAUCCAACAAUAAAUCUGGUUUGGAUAAAAGUGAAUUUAAAGUUUUCAACCUUUCAACCAAAACACUGAGAGGAUUAACAGACGCUGGUUAUUUAGUUCCAACUGAAAUUCAAUCGGCAACACUUGAAUCUGCUUUAAAUGGUGAUGAUAUUUUAGGAGCUGCCAAAACUGGAUCGGGUAAAACAUUGGCCUUUCUCAUACCUAUCCUUGAAAAGUUGGAAAAAGAGAAAUGGACUCAUCUAGAUGGUGUCGGUGGUUUAAUUAUUACACCAACGAGGGAACUUGCCUACCAAAUAUUUGAAACCAUCAACAAAAUCGGUGCAUACCAUGACUUUUCGGUUGGUUUGAUUAUCGGUGGAAAAGAUUUGAAAUUCGAAAGACAUCGAAUGAAUAAGUGUAAUAUAGUCAUCUGUACUCCAGGACGAAUUUUGCAACAUAUGCAUGAAAAUGCUCUUUUCAAUUGUGACAAUAUGAAAAUUUUGGUUUUGGAUGAAGCUGACCGAAUUUUAGAUAUGGGUUUCAAGAAAACAAUGGACAGUAUAAUUGAAAAUCUGCCUAAAGAAAGGCAAACUCUUCUUUUUUCGGCAACUCAAACUAAAUCAGUGAAAGAUUUAGCUCGUCUUAGUCUGGUUGAUCCAAAAUAUAUUUCUGUCCAUGAAAACUCUCAUUCCGUUACUCCUGAAGGUUUAGUUCAGAAGUACAUUGUCUGUGAAGCUCAUCAAAAAUUAAAUCUCCUUUGGUCUUUUAUAAAAGCUAAUGUAAAUAAGAAAAUUUUGGUCUUCGUGUCAACUUGUAAACAAGCUAAGUUCAUUCACCAACUCUUUUGCCGAUUAAAACCAGGAACGACAAUGUUACCUCUGUAUGGAACUCUACAUCAACUUAGAAGAAUGAAUAUCUACAAUGAAUUUAAGAGUAGCAAAAAAGCCUGUCUGGUUGCCACUGACAUCGCCUCUAGAGGACUUGAUUUUCCAGCUGUUGAUUGGGUUGUCCAAUAUGAUUGUCCAGAAGAUACUAGCCAGUACAUUCAUAGAGCAGGUCGCACUGCUCGAUACCAUAAAGGCGGUGAAUCUCUCCUUUUCCUUUUACCUUCCGAAGAAAAGUCAAUGGUUGAACAAUUGGAAGCUCGUAAAGUUCCAAUCCAAAAAAGUACGAUACCUCAAUAUAUGCAAAAAUCAAUGAUAAGGAAAGCAGACGCGUUACUUGCCCGUGAUGUUUCCCUUAAAGAAACAGCUCAAAGAGCAUUCAAACAAUAUUUAAAGGAUGUUUACAUGAUGAAGGAUAAAACCGUGUUUGAUGUAACCACCAUUGACAAGGACCUUUUGGCUCGAUCAUAUGGUUUAAUAGUGACACCAAGAGUUCGUUUUCUAGAAAACAAAGGUCUCAAAGGCAAUAAAAACUCAUCUUCAUUGAACCCUGACGAUAGUGAUGGAAAUAUUAAUUCUGACGAAGAUAAACCCAAAGUAAAGAAAGAGUUGACAUUAACUGGUCACGCCUCAGACGAGUCUGAUGGAGAAGAUUUAUUUAUAUCCAAAAAAGUUCCAACAAUUCCAGACAUUGAUAUAAAAUCAAUUGAACCUUUGACAAAAGGGAAAGUAGUAACUCAGGCUUCUCUAGCUAAGAAAAUUUUAAGGAAAAAUUUGUCUGUAAACAAGAAAAUUGUUUUUGACGAUAAAGGUGAACCAGUCGAAGAAUUCCCGUUGCAACAAAAAUCUGAAAAAGUUAAAUUGUUGGAUGAAAAAUGUAAAAGUGGAAUAGAUAUUGCCAUAGCAAAAGAAAUUAUGGAAGACGAAGACAAAAUUGAUAAAGAAAUACAAAGAAAAAUAAUCAAAGAAAAACACAAAGCUAAACGUUUGAAAGAAAGAGAAGAAAAGAAACAGAAAGCUGAAGAAGCCAAGAAAAGAUUUGCUGAACGUAAAGGAUUAUCCAAACCUGAUAGGAAGUCUCUUGUUAAUGAUGAUAGUCGAGCAGAAAGUGAAGAGGAGAGUGAAGUAGAAAGCGAGGAAGAAGACUCAGAUCAUGAUGAGAAGCUGUCUAAAUAUAUUGAUGAGUUACCAGAUCCAGAUGAAUAUUAUGGAAAUGACGAAGAUGAUGAAGAGGAGGAUGAUAUAGACCAAGACGGUGAUACAGGAGAAGAAGAGUCUGACCAAGAAGAAGAUGAAAGUGAAGAUGAAAAACCCAGGAAAAGGAUGAGAAUGAACACUGACGAUGAAAGUGAUGAGGAUAUGAUUCCUCUAAGUCUGCAAGAUGCGGAAGCUUUAGCCAAACAAUUUGUCGAUGAUUAAUCAAACUGUUUAUUUAUCUGUAAAUUUUGUUGAAUUGCAGUAAACCCUAACAAAAUUCAAGUCUUGGAUACUUCAAGCUAUCUCACAUGAUAGUUGGAGCUAAUAACUUUCCUCUCUGGCUAAUUGUUCGCUAUUAAUUUCAAGUUUUGAUUGUUAAAUUUUAGUAACCUCAUCAUUUCGGUGCACAAAAAUCGAUAGCAUUUCAAUUAUCGUCAAUUGUCAUCCAUUUCAUUGAAUAUCUGGAAAAACCUGUGACUAAUAUUUUGAGAAGGUUUACUGUAUUGAAUAAUUAUUAAAAUAAAAAAUGCUUAUGAAUUUGUAAAAAUGACAAAUGAAGAUUGAUUGUAAAUGUAUUGAUUGAAUCCAUAAUCCAAUGAGUUUACAAAAGGCACCUUUUUGUUGUAAAAACAGUUGAAUAACAACUAUUUAAAUGAUUAUUUUUGACAAGGUAAAGUAUCUCUGUUAACCAUGAGAUGGAGUCAAUUGGAUCAUUUUGAUAAUAAAAUUGAAUUGUCUAUCAAA